AUGGCCAUCGGUUGCGAACAUCGGUACCCUGGCGAGCUUGAUGACCUCUCUCCCGUUGAGGAGAGACUCAUUGCCUUGCAUGCGCCCUUUGGCUAUAUCACCAAGUUCACAGUCGACAACAAGACCUGUUCGGGAAUUAGCUACCGCAAGCACGUGAAAGGACAUAUCGUCGUCUUUCCGAACAAGGUGGACGAUCUUGUGGCCACGGUUCUUCCCCAUCCCUUACUGCAGGCCAUUGAGAACAUCCACGUCUCUUGGAGCGGUUCGGCUAAGCCUGGCUCCGCAGACGUCAGACACCUGCUUCAGGUGCGCAGAUCUCGAGUGGCAGCUGCCCUGGCAUGGCUGCAGAGGAACAACCCGCUUUACGAGGAUAUCGCGAUCAACCAAGCAGAGAUAGACGGCUGGCAGUAUGCCGACGGCUCCAGUGUUCCGACUCUCAUCAUGGACCGCAUGCGAAGAGAGGAACCGUCGACCGUUGAGAAGACACAAACGGACCACAUAGUCCCGGAUACUGAUCGAGGCUUGGAGGAAAGUAGCUUCAGAAGUAUCGAUGAUCUCGUGAACUCGAUCGAUCCUCCUUUCGACGCUGAAUCUUGCGAUUUCGACCGUACUCUGUCGACUGACCAGACUCAACCCUUCCCUGGUGACCCGGCGACUCCUGUCCCCGACUCGGCUGCCGUCGGCCUGGAAGUUGACACCGUCUGUGAGACGUCGACGUCCGGCAUGUUUCCUCUCGAUGGACCGGCUGCCUUCGCGGAGACCGAUAAACUGUCGUUUCUGGCCGACAUCGUCAACACCAAUCCGGACCGACAUGGCAUCUCUGUGCCACUUGAGCAAGCCUAUGCGAACUUGACCGAGGACCGGCUGAAGAGGGCCGAGGCGGAGAUGCGGGAGACAAGGACAACGUCGGACCCCGACAUAUCGGUCUUGCUUCGCGAGCUGUCGAUCUUUGGCUAUGCACAGCCGCUCUCGAACGAAUCCCGUUUACUUAUGCGGAGGAAGAUACAAGCUCUAGACAUCCGCGCCGUUAGCUCGGCCAUCUUCUUCCAUCGGGAAGUAUCCUUAUUCUUUGAAAAGUACGUCAAUGCGGGCCAGGAGUCGGUAUUCGGGAAGAUUAGCCACUACUACGCCACGGUGGAAACGAACGAGCGAGGCAGCCUCCACUUGCAUGGACUUCUCUGGCUGGACGGCAACAUGCGGUUACCGAACCUGAUAGGCGACAUGGCCAAUCCCGCGGAAGAAGCAUAUCGUGCCCAGGUGAUCCGAUACGUAGACUCCGUCUUUCAUGAGUGUCUAGAUGAAGAUGCCGGGAAAGCCGUGCGACAGGAGAGGAAGCCCAUCCACCCCGUGGAGGAGGUCAUGGCUAGCACCUCGGCUCUCACUGCGGCCUUCGACGACGAAUCCAACUUCAUCGCGUACUGUUGCCAAGUGCACUCCCACACGUACACCUGCCUCAAGUAUUCUCUCAAGGAUCGUCGAACAGGUACAGAUCCACAGAGACGGACAGCCUGCCGCUUCAAAGCACCUUGGAAAAUCGUCGACGAGACGGGGUUCACAGAGGACGGCCUGCUUCAGAUCCGGCGCAACCACCCACUCGUCAAUCGGUAUAACAAGUCAUUGGCGGUCGGCCUUCGCCAUAAUCACGACGUCUCGAUGAUCUUGACCAAAACCAAGGGCCUGGCCAUGGUGUACUACAUCACGAACUACGCCACCAAACUGGAAACGCCGAUGUGGAAACGCAUUGCUCUUGCCGCCGAGGUUGCCCGCCAACUUCGCGAAGCCGGUGGUACGAGGCUUCGCACGCCAGGUCCCACCCUGCCCGACGACAGGCAGCAGGUAGUUUUGAAUGAAAGCCGUCAGUUCCUGAUGAGAACGGCAAAUCGGAUCUUCUCCGAGCGACAACUCUCGGCUGUGGAGGUCUGUUACCAUCUACUUGGAUAUGACACCGACUUUACCAACGUGCCGCAUUGGUCUUUCCUGAACCUGACGGCGCUCUACUGGACAAUCUUUCGGCUAUGGGCGCAUCUCCGCCAUCAGGCCGGCGAGCUCACGGACGCCGAACAGCCCCGGAGACCAUCCUCUGAGGCAAGGAGGGCGAACCCUUCUAUGCCUAGAUGUGGCUCCGACCGUGACGGCUGGAUGCAAAAGCUUCGACGGCCCGACCAGUACGCCGUCCCGAUCUUCCAAGGAUACAUCAGCGACGACCAUGAGGACGAUCACCCAGUGUAUGUUAAGCGAAAUUCUGUCCUACAUUUGGCGUUAUUCUCUGCCGAGGAUGCGCGCAAGGACGCGAAGCUCUGGGCCAGUCGAUCGGAGGGCGACGACACAAUUGACGUCGAGUACCCACUUGACGCUGGCCGCUGCGAAGAGGAGCCUCCAGCGAUGGCUCAUCGUCAGGCCUACAAAGCUCUACUCCAGAUUUUGCGAAAUGCCGUGCAGGAUACAGACGCCACGAAAGACUCACCCGUCCUUGGAGGUUUAAUACGCGAUCUGUGCGAAGAGAACCCGGCUGAAGAGGAGCAACCUUUGUGCAACGUCAGGAGGAUUUGUACCGGAAUAUACCCCAUGAUCAAGGUGACGCCUUGUGCCAAUUUCCAAUAUCUCGAGACGAUGUCCAGGCAGCGGCCAAGGCCCAACAACUAUUGCAUCUUCGGAUGCUAG